GCCUGCGCCGCGCACCACCCUGCGGCCGUCGACGCGACCCAGGAUUCGUCCGCCGCCCGCGACGUCGCGCCGCCUGCCCCGGCCCGCCCGUGGUCAGCCGCGUGUCCUUCCCGGCAGCGAGGCCGCCUCAAGCACGGCCAGCGACGCGUCGCCUCCGCCCCCGCCGGCGUGCUCACGCAGGUGCUCAAGAAGGAGGGACUCUUCGCCAUGGCCAAGUUCCUCAAGGACUCGGGGCUCGACUCCAUCCUCAACGACACAGGACCGUACACCAUUUUCAUUCCCACUGACAAAGCGUUUCGCGCCCUGCUUGUGCAACUGGGCGGCCCCGACAAGGCGGAGAUCAAGUUCAGAGAGAAUCCACGACUUCUCAGCGGGCUGCUGCUGCACCACGUGAUCCCCGGCGCGUUCCGAUUGGGCGACCUGCAGGACGAGAUGACGGGCGUCAGCCUGGCGGGCACGCAGCUGCGCGUCAACACCUACCGCACGCAGGACACGCACUGGAACGACGUCCAGGUGAGGGCGCGCACGCACACGCUGCUGGCGCCGACGGACAAGGCGCUGGCGGCGGCGCCGGGCGGCGAGCUGCAGCGCGCGCUCAAGGACGCCGGGCGCGCGCGCGCGCUGCUGCAGCGCCACCUGGUGGCCGGCGCGCUCUACGGCGCCGGGCUGCGCUUCUACCAGGAGCGGCCCUCGCUGGCGGCCAACCGGCCCGUGGCGCUCGCCAAGGCGGACGGACAAUUGAAGGCGAACAGUGCUCAUGUCCUGACUCCCAACAUUCCGGCUACAAAUGGAGUGCUUCACGUCAUUGAUUCUGUACUCUGAAUAGCAGCGGUUUCCCAUGUAGUGCUACAAACAAAGGUGCCGACGAAAGGACUUAACUUAUUCCUUGUACUGUUAUAAGAAAUGGAUUAAUCACA